AUGUUCGGAGUUCGUCCGCUCUUGCGGACGGCGGCCAGAGGAUAUGGUUUCCAAAAGAUUUUCUUGAGUCGACCGGCAUCGAGUUGGACGCAAGAUGUCGACGAGUUUUUUGGAAAUGAUGGCAAUCGUCGACUAUCCGGGCGCAUCCACGUCCUCGGCCUUGGAAAUGUCGGCACCUUUGUUGCCCACUCCUUGAAAAGCCGGCCAUCUCCACCACCUAUCACUCUUAUGAUGCAUAACACGUUGAUGUUUUCGUCUUGGCUCGCGAGGAAGAAAUGCUUGGCUAUCAACACCAACGGAUUAGACGAUAUCAAGACCGGCUUUGAUGUCAAUGUCUUCCACAACCAAAGGUGGUGCUCGGUUGAUGGCUCGUCCGCAGCCAAUAAUGAUGAAUCAAAGUCCAACGCGGAGACUGAUUGGGCAGCCGUGGCGGAAGAUAAUGAGGAAAUUGAAUGCCUCAUAGUUACGGUCAAGGCACCUGUGACCCCAAUGGCUCUAGAGGGCGUUCGUCACCGCCUGACACCCAACUCGACCGUGUUAUUCCUGCAGAAUGGCAUGGGCAUCAUUGAUGAAGUAAACGCGAAAGUCUUUCCGGACCCGAGCCGACGGCCACACUACAUGGUUGGCAUCACUAGCCAUGGGCUAGCACAGAGGAACGACACCUUUCACGUCUCCCAUAAUGGCGUAGGCACAACAAUCCUAGGCCCUGUCCCGCAGCAGGAUUCUCGACCUAUAUCGUCGAAUGAUACAGAACCAGAUUGGGCACCAAGCACCAAAUACCUACUACGCACAUUAACACUCACACCACCCUUGGUUGCUGUCGCUGAGCCGCCUUCGUCCGUUUUGAUGCAUCAACUGGAAAAGUUAGCAAUGAACUCAAUCAUAAACCCACUGACCGUGUUGAUGGACUGCCAUAAUGGCGAACUCCUCUAUAACUUUAGCGUCACUCGUUUGAUGCGAUUGCUUCUGUUUGAAAUCUCCGGUGUGAUCUGCAGUUUGCCGGAAUUGCAGGGUAUACCUGGGAUUGAGAGUCGCUUCUCUCCAGAGCGUCUGCGAGGGAUGGCGACGCAGCUCAUGCACAAAACAGCGAAAAACACCAGCUCCAUGCUACAGGACAUACGAGGUCGAAGAUCAACCGAAAUCGAGUACUUGAAUGGCUAUAUUGUGCGAAGAGGUGAAGAGCUUGGUAUCAAGUGCGUGGUGAAUUAUACCAUAAAGCAUCUCGUGCUUGCGAAGCAGCUAGAUCUCAGGCAAAGAGAGUCCCAGGCCAUCCCAGUUGACGUUAUGAAAGACCUCGAACGGCGCGGGAGUUGA